AUGAUUGUCGGCUGGAUCCGUUCGUUGAUUGAGGCAAAGGUUAAGUCCACUGUCUCUUUUGUCUCUAACGCACAUCAAUUAUGGGAAGAUUUGAAGCAGCGUUUCUCUGUUGGCAACGAAGUUUGUGUCCAUCAGAUUAAGGCUCAGCUUGCCUCGUGUCGGCAAGAUGGGCAGAGUGUCUUGGAGUAUUACGGUAAACUGUGUAAGUUGUGGGAUGAGUUGCAUAAUUACUAUCCUCCUCCGGUGUGUUCUUGUGGCGGAUGUUCAUGUGGUGUUACCGCAAAGUAUGCUACAAAGAUUGAAAAGGAGAAGCUUCAUCAAUUCUUGUUGGGACUUGAUGAUGCUCGGUUUGGUGGACUAUGUACGAAUCUGGUUGGUACAACACCCUUACCAUCUCUUGGUGAAGCUUAUUCGAAAGUUAUCCACGAGGAACAACGACUAUCCUCUGCUCGCGGCCGUGAACAACUGUUUGAUGUCAUCGGCUUUGUUGCUCGACGUGAAGCAAGUGAGUCGUUCUCUUCGUCUGUACAAGACACCACGAGUGACUCGAUCGCCUAUUUGGGCUGUUCCGAUCCCCAAGGCAGCAACAAGUUUGGUUCUUCGUCUCUUCUGAAGUCGGGUGGUAGAAAACUCUGUUCUCAUUGUGGGACAACAUGGCAUGACAAACUAGACUGUUGGCAGCUCGUUGGGUUUCCAGAUUGUUGCUUGACGAAAAAGCAACCAAAGAAAAACAAGCCGCCAGUGGUGGUGAUCGAUUGUCUGGACCAUUUUUCGAAGACUUUGAUUGGAAGCGGUGAAGAGCGUGAUGGGGUUUACCACUUGAAAGAGGUUGUUUCAGCCAAGAUACAUAGUGUGAAAGCUGCUGUUGACGACACAUUGUGGCAUCAGAGACUUGGACAUCCUUCUUUUUCUGUGCUUUCAGAUUUACCUAUGUUUUCUAGUGCAUCUAAAUAG